CUUGUUGUUGUUUUUACCAACUUCCGGGGCUGUGAGGGUGACAUUACACAGAAUAUUAGUGCUGUCCCCUCAAAUUUUACGGAAAAUGUCGCUAUUAUUAGCGAGAACCUCGCUAAUUUUGCGCUUAUCAACUAAAAAACCCUCUUUGUUGAUAAAAGGUACUUCAAACAGUCUAAUAGCAAAAAGUUCAAUUCAUGUUGCACACUUAACAGCGUACGGUGGAUCCCCUCCACAACGUAAGAAACCAUGGCCAUACAAAGAAAAAGGCUUUCGAUACUGGCAUAUCCCAUUUGAUAGAGUUGACAGCCGUCUCGAUGAUAACAGCAAGAUAAUCAUUAUCGAUGGAAAUGUAGCCUCUGGAAAAACAGAGCUUGGCCAAAAAAUUGCAAAAGAAUUUGAUAUGCUUUACGUACCUGAUUUCAACAAUAGUGAUAUGUGUGAUUUGAUCCCAGAAAAAGGGUUUGAUUUACGAGAAUUUGAUCCACAAGUACCUGUGAAAACUCGCACCUGUGAUUUUGAAAAAUUCUACUCUAGAAAAGCACCUAAGAAAAUUUUAGAUAACUUCCCAAGGGAACAGUACAUACUUUUCAGACGCAAAUUGUACAGAUUUGCACAGAAAGUGAUGGCUCAUUUCUUAAGCACAGGUCAAGGCAUAGUCAUGAACAGAGGCAUGUGGUCUGAUAUUGUGUUUGCUCAUACUCUGGCCAAACAAGGAUACAUGAGCCAAGCUGCUUUAAAAGCUUAUAAGUAUCAGUAUGAAGUGGCUACUGACUAUUUUUGGCAUCCACAUCUCAUCAUAUAUUUAGAUGCUCCAGUGAGUUUUGUCCGUGACCGAAUAAAAAAACGGAAUGUGCCAUGGGAAGUAAACAGUCCAGUUCUGACUGGUGAAUUCUUGAACACAAUGAAUGAGGUUUAUAAAACAGUCUAUCUCCCUCACAUGAGGAAUCAUUGUGAAAUUUUGAGUUAUAACUUGGCAGAGAAUCCUGUGCUAGAUUUUGAUUUGAUUGUCGAAGAGAUGGAAAGUUUAGAUCUGGACAAUGCACCUCGUGAACAUGAGCAACGCUUUGAAGACUGGAAAUAUUUGCACAACACAGAUUACAACAACAUGCGCAGCUUCUGCUCACCUAAUAACACACAAAAGCUUGAUGAAAUCUUCACUUUCUACAAACCUUUUGAGGCACCAGAAUUAGUUCUAGAUGGAUAUGAUGAAGAGAUCUACAAUGAAACAUUACAAACAGAUCCUCGCAUCAAGUAUUUAAAACCUGAUAGAGUUUUCUUAUAAAUGUUAGAUUAGGAAUCAUGGACAAAUUAUAAUUUUCUUUCAAUAAGAUGACAGCGUUUUAAUUCAACUAAAACAAAAAAAGAGACAGAUCAUAUGUUAAGUUUAAUGUAUAUUUUCUCUAUUUUGUUUUAUCUUAAAAACAAGUUGAAUAAAUGAAACUUGUUGCUGAUACAUGUUUUUUUUUUUUUUAAUUUAUGCUAUUUAAAUUGAUAGCUUAAAUUAGCUUACAUCAAUUUGCAAAAGUCAUUAAGUGAACAGCAGUAUGUUUGAUAAUAGAGCUAUUGUGAGUAUUGUUGAGCAUAUUUUGAUGUGGCUAUCCAUUAUUUUGUAAGAUUGAGAUUUUGUGAAUAAAAAAAAAAUUAACAAUUUUAA